CUAUGUGUCUGUCUGAUAACAAGUUCAGUCGAGUGAUCCAUCACCACGGGGUGCCCGGAGCAGGGAUUCUACAGCUUCAUGACCCCGGAUCCCGGUCGGAAAUCAAGCAUUCGCGAAUUCCUGCCAAUCGUCCUCGCACUGCCGAUCCCCAUUGGUCGUCGGACAUUUGUAGUGGAAUAGUAUGAUUCAGAUUCUCCAAGUGGAUCGAUAGGAUACACCCGUCGAAAUUAUAUAAAACCCCGUGAGAUGCAAGAGGUAGGUCAACUCCGAUCCUCCUCCCAAUGCCGGCCAUCUCGAAUGUCCACCUAUCCACCAUUCUCCUCGCACUGCUCUGCGCCACAAGCAAUGCCAAGCUCCAGCUCGUUACGCUUGGUCUUCUGCUUGGUGUCGCUUUGAAAGGACUCGCGGAAAACCUGCUUCCCAGCACACGAAUGGCCCGUCUGGAUGCUUUGAUUGAAGAUGCCGAGGCUCGAUUCCAUCGAGCCCGGGAGGAACACAUCUUCAGCCGCAAUUUCGUCCUCGGUGUCCAGGCGCAGCUCAGACAGUAAGUCUGAUUGCAAAGCCCAGAGAGACACUGAGUCGAAUCGAACCUAGAGUUUAUCUGACGCGGUCAAAGCUGCAGUCAGAGCUCCUGGCCCUUGGUCUGUACACCCCGACGGCCGAGUACUGGUACAUCAUUGGCAGUUUGGCCAAGCGCAUUGAACGCUGCAAACAGCAAGUCCGAGCCAUCCAUUAUUCUGUUCUGGUGAGCUGUUUUCUGCAACGCUCUUCGGGACAUUGCCAUUAACACGAAGACAGUUGGAGGUGGAAAACGAGAAUCAGUAUGUCGGCAGUGUGGAGCGUUAAGAGAACACUGAGAAUGGAGGUUGUAGGAUAUGAUAGUCAGAGUUUAGCGUGUGCGUCAUCUUAUAAUAGGGUUGUGUGUGUAACUUUUUCUCGAGUAAUUCAUUGGCGUUGUUAACAGAGUGAAGGGGCCGCAGGGAAAGAGAACCGCGGGUCUCGUGAUGGGAUGCGUUCCUCUAUCGUGACGUCGGUCACAACGCCAACUGAUUGACAAGUUGGACUGUCCUGACCUCGACCGAAUGGACGACGACGACGACUUUUUGUAUGGUGCAAAUCCGGCCGCAACGUCUACUCCUACCACAACAGCUCCGGUGACCCCCUCAACAUCGUUCACCAGUGCUCCGCCUGCAUCCGCCCUCCAAGUAUUCCCUUCCCAGGCGACGGAGGUGGAAGAAGAGCCCUUCCCGGGAUUUCUCUCAUCCGCCGAAGUGCACGAAGAGAACGACGCGGAACAGGAAGACGAAUAUGUGGACGACGAACAAGAGAGUGACGAAGAAGAGGAUGUCGAAAUCAUUAUGGAGGCUCAAUCUCGGUCGCUGGACUUCAGACAAUCCAAUGCUAAACUGCGGUCUCAGCCGUCUUCCGCCUCUUUGCGCACGGCGCCGCUGGGACCGACUCUCACUACCGAAUACACUCCCACACAACGACCGGCUCCUUCAUUCGAGACGCCCUCGAGGGGCACAUCCGAGAUUCCGCCCGCAUCUCUAUCUGUUGCACCACCACCUGCUGCUGCAUCGGCAGUCCAAACAUCCGCACCGGGUGCAUCGGUCGUUUCCGCCACAGCUGUAUCCCAUCCUGAUGAGUAUGGCAACAAUGUUCCUGACGUGUCCGCUGCGCCAAUGGACGACGUCGAUCUAGAAUCGCUUCCACCGGUGACAGCGCCCCCUUCGCACCCCGUCAUCGACCCGACCGUGACCGGAAUGACGGAAGGGCGGUCCAUCAUCGAUGUGGAUCUGAACGCGUUGGCAGACAAGGCGUGGCGCAGGCCCGGCUCGGACAUCAGCGACUGGUUCAACUAUGGGUUUGACGAGCUGUCUUGGGAGCUGUACUGCUACCGACGGCGCGAUCUGGGCGAAAUGGCGAAUGUGCUCAAGACGAACGUUCUCAACUUCUCCGGGAUGGAGGAGGAUCAAAUGACUGUGCUGCCGCCCGAAGUGCGACAAAUGGUGAUGACUGGGACGUCGGCGAUGAUGAAUGGGGCGGCUGGAGGCAUGGGUAUGAUGAUGGACAUGGGAGGGAUGAUGCCCAUGGGCAUGGACAUGGGUAUGUCGGGCAUGAUGGGCAUGCCGGACGUUGCCCAGGGUGGAGUCGCUCCCGUCGGCGGACAGGGAGAGAUGCAGGACGGAUUCAAUGCGGGGAUGAUGGGCAUGGGUAUGGAGUAUCCUCAGGGGCAGGUUCCGGAGACGCCCCAGACCCAGAUGUCACAGCAGCCGAUGUACCCGCAGCAAACGGAAGGUCAAGAUACACCGCCGCCCGGGCCGACGGGGUCAGCUGUUGUGCGAGGUGGAUCGGGCGGUGCACCAGCCUACCGCGGGCGGGGGGCUCGCGGAUCGCGUGGAUUUCCCGCCCGAGGUCGGGGCCGGGGUGGUUACGAAGGCUCGCCGGCACCCGCUCGUCCGACUUCCCCGCUGCCUCCCAAUGUUCCGACUGGACCCCGAAAUCAGAACAAAUACAAAGACAGGGACGGGAUUAGCGCUGCAGUAGACGGAUUGGAUUACGGGGGUGGAAAGGACGGUCGUGCAACCGCAAGUUACGAGUUAGAUGAGAGGAGUCGCAAAAGACGAAGUUCCCCGGGCCUGGACGAUCCACGGAGCUCAAAACGCCGUUGAUUGUCUUCGUACUAUAUUGUACAUAGUCAAUUUUGAAAUUGGUCGGACGAGGGUUUACAGCUUCUUGCACCCAUCAGCGAAGGUUGUAUUUAGAACCGUCUCCUUCUAUCCACCACCACCGCGCGUGCGUGCGAUCUCUAUGUCUGCUCCAGUCAUCAGGAAGUUCGCCCUGUUUGCUCCGUAUAUCACGACCGCCUCUGCACAAGAGUUGCGAUCCAAACUGUACCCUGCUCACAAAGCAGGAUUGACAGAGCAAAGAGCCAAGGGCGUCCUCAAGUUUGGAGGUCCUGUCUGGAACGACGAGGGAGCCGGGGAGGCGCUUGCGGACGCGAGCGCGCGCCCUUAUGGGGGCUCGUUCUUCCUGUACGAGGGAGAGAACCGGGCGGCGGUGAUGGAGAUAAUCAAGCAGGACGCGUAUUGGACUGGAGGUUUGUGGGACAAGUCUAGUCUGCGGCUGGUAGAAUACAACCCAUUAUCGGGGUAUCCCUUCUAAUCAACAUAAGACGACCGCUGCAUCGUCACAUCCAAAGCGCAAUGACAGAAUCAAAUUUCAUUACAUCCUCUCGGGGCUGACCUCUUUUGUUGUUAUCAUAGUCAACGAGAAGUAGGCAGCGCUGCCGAAAUUUGACAGAAUUUCCCAGAAUUCCAUCAGGUGGGGUCGGUUCAAGUGACGUGCUUCGUCAACAGUCCUUGUUCCCGAUUGAACGAGAGAUGUCCAUGGCCGUGAUGAAAUACAAGGGCAAUAACUCCAUAGAGGCUUCCCCUUAUCCCGAAAACGGAAGGUGCCUCGCCAAUCAACACCUACGUACCGUAAAUGGAAAUGUCCUUGUACUCUCAACAGCGGCAUUCAUGGGUGAUCCUGAGCGGCGUAAACAUAUAAAUUCACGCGCGAAGCGCCACAGUAACCCCAGCGCUUGACCGAAUCGUCGAGAUCUCCUGCUUCGCACCAGCACACGACUGACAUUAUUGUCCACAAGACAAUAAACUCCUUUCGGAUUUCGUUAUUGUGUUACGAGAGCACUUCGCCUAUACAAACGCCCAUACGUCGUUUGCCCUCCAUUCUCCCCUACCUCCAACCGACCCGACGGACGUCCCUCCAUUCCCGUCUUCUCCCCUGCACGUAAUUUAACCGCGGUUCGGCCCUCGCAUUCUUUUGGUUCACGACCCACACCCAUUCAUAUCCACACAUCUAUGUCGUCCUUCACCAAAUUCCCGACCGCGACCGUCUCUGCCCCAGGCUACGGCUUCUUCCCUGUCGGCUCCACGUCGCCCAACGGAUUCGCCGCGCUGCAUCAGCCGCAGUCGCCCCGCGACACAUAUGCGAUGUAUGCGCAAUUCGCGUCGCCCGGUGGAGCAGGAACACAAUCGUCGCAGGGCCUCGGAAAGAAGAGCGCAGGACGGAAGUAACCCCGACUGCCAUUGGAGAAUACGAACCUUACGACCCAUCACCACUAAUACUUGUCGCCGUUGUUGUCCAGGUCCUUGCGGAUCGCUGUCGUUUGUGUUGACCACAUCGGAGAGCUCUUGUCCAUAUACGUAUUAUAUACCUGCACGCAUUGUAUAGCAUAGACUCAUUUGUAUUUUUUGUAUCUUCCAGGGUCUCGGUUGAAGUUGUAACACAGCAGAGUCGUAGGCAUUAUUGAGAGUCCAAUGGAGCUGAUUAUUUGCGAUUCGGCAGGGAAAAA